GAAUCCAAACGCCGAAUGAGUUACUUUUUAGAUGUUUUCCUAUUUUCUCAAGAAGACUUAGCUUUAAAUUCAGCUAUCCUUAUGUGGCCUAGGAAAAUUAAUCCCAUCUUUGAUGAAAAUGAUGUGCUCAUUGAGAGUGCUAAACAUAAAAAAGAAAAUGAGCUAAUUGCCAAGAGAGAGAAACUGAUUUUGGAAAUAGAAAAGGAAUCACGUUGCAUGGAAGAGUUUACAGAAUUUGCAGAAUUGGACCGCAUGCAACAGUAUGUGACAGAUGUAAGGCAAUUACAAAAACGUAUUCAGGAAUCUGAGGAAGCAGCUCAGUUUAUUAAUAAAGAAGAGGAACUUUUCAAAUGGGAAUUGACAAAAUAUCCUGAGCUGGAUAAAUUAAAAGUGAACAUUGAGCCCUAUCAGAAGUUUUUCAAUCUUGUUCUGAGGUGGCAACGAACAGAAAAACGGUGGAUGGAUGGAGGGUUUUUGGACCUUAACGGGGAAAGUAUGGAAGCUGAUGUGGAUGAAUUUUCCCGAGAAAUUUUUAAGACCCUGAAAUUUUUCCAAAUGAAGCAAAAGAAGGAAUUACAAGAAAAAAGAAAGGCAGCAAAAAGGCGAUCUCUGGGAGAAGAGAGACUUGAAGAAGAACCAAAAGAGAAUCCUACUAUUACUAUGUGCUCCACAGUAAUGGAGCAGAUAAAAGUUUUUAAG